AUGGGAUCAAGUGUGCAGUUUACUUGGCUCUUUGUUGGCUUGACUCUACUCUUCUUGGCCAUAGGAUUUGCUGCCGCUGAUCGCUCAUGUCCCACUGGGUUCUUCUUCAACAGCACCACCGAUUCCUGUGUGUCUCUGGACAUUGUUGACUGUCAACGCCUGCAGAUAUCACUGUGUCCCGAGGGUACAACCACAAACACUUCUGAGUUUUGCCGCUGCAACCAAGACAUGCACCUUGAGAUCCUGGACUGCCCCGAUGGAACCUACUUUGAUGCCAGCCAUUUAAUUUGCCGGAUCGGCACAGUGGAGUGCCAGGAGCAGUACACUCCAUUUGCAUGUCCCAGUGCAGUUUCCAGCAGUAGCUUUUGCCUCUGUGUUGGCGGAAAACUGCAGAUCCAGAACUGUCCGGCGGGCGCUGUCUUCAAUGCCGAGGUAAAGAUUUGCCUAAUGACCAGCAACGGUUCAGAUACUCCUACUUCAGAUACUCCUAGUUCCGCUGAUGGAAGGUGCCAGCGAUUUGGUUUAUUUGGAGACCCAACUGAUUGCUCUGGCUACUUUCAUUGCGCCGAAAAGGGGGAAGAGAUCAAGUACUCCAAGUGCCAGGCAGGCACGAUCUUUAGCCUGACAUUGUUAGGAUGUCUUCCAGGAACUUGUUGA